AUCGCGAUCGCGAGAGGAACGGCAUGCGGUCAAAUAAAUACAGAUCCUGUACAUCAAAACACAAAAAUCUUUUUGUUUGCCAAAUUGGUUGUGGCUUGGUGUUGGCCAAGAAUUUUCAGUCAAGAACCGGUUUCUGCGCUUCCACAAAUCCAGUGAUUUAAAGAGAGAAAUUAAGAGAAUUUUAAAGCGGGACGUGAAAACAUCAACAAACCCAUUGGCAAAAUAAUAAACAAUAACAAGUGUUAAAAGAGGGACAUGGCAACACGUGCAUUUCUGCAUGAAUGAUUACAAGAUUUUAAACAUAAGUUGAGAUAUAAUAACUAGAUCAUCAUGAGUCUGCCCCAGUUGAUCGAUGAUCUGCAGCGCCUUUCAGAGGAUCAGGAUAGUGCAGAUGUGGUAUUUAUUUGCGGCAGAGAUGAACGCAUAUAUGCCCACAGGUUAAUGCUGAUGGCCCGUUGCAAGAGUUUCAAGACGGCCAAGAGAGGAGAAGUGUGCCGAAUUCCCGGAUGCACAGUUUCCCCAGCAGCCCCAGGAGCUUCAACUCCGACCACCAUAAGAUUGCCCCACGUUAAUCCGGAACUAUUUAGGCAGUUUAUCUUGUAUGUCUACACAGCAAAGUUAGUCCUUCAGGACUCCCAAGUGUUUCAAAUGAUGAUGAUGGCCCAGGAUAUGGGCGUGGUUGAGCUUCGUACUGCCUGUGAGGAUCACGUUAUAUCCACUUUAUCGGUGGAUAAUGCUUGCACGUUUUUAACUGCUGUAAUGGAUAUACACGAAAAAGCAGGUGCCAAAUGCGCUGCAUCUUUUAUGGAACGCUGCAUCAUCUAUAUAGGCGAAAAUGCCAACGAGUGUGUCAAGACUAAUGCUUUCCUCACUUUAACCAAGGAUGCCAUUAUCAAGAUUAUUUCAUCCGACUAUUUCUGUUUGGAGGAGGAGGAAGUGUGGCGCUGUGUUUUGUCGUGGGCCAAGUACCAGGCCGGAGUCACUCAACCCACUGCCCAUUGGACUGAAGAAGAGAGAGCGCGAGUCUGCCAACAUUUAAGCGGUGUAAUGGGUCACGUACGUCUUUUGCUCAUCGAUAGCCAAGUUUUUGCGGAGGAAGUAGAACCUACAGGAGCUGUACCCAUGGAGCUAUCUUUAGAACGCUAUCGCUAUGCAGCGCUGCAUGCUAACAAAAUGAUGGACAACGAUAAAAGACUUCAGCCACGUUUAACUGUAGCGGUCAACAUGUUUCCUGGUUCCCAAAUCAUAAAAAAUGACAAGCUACCACUGCAAACUGUACUGAACAACUGGAUUGGCGUACCCAAGCAAUCUUGGAGAUUGGUUUUUCGAGCAUCCACACAUGGCUUUGAUUCUGGGGCCUUUCAUCGUUAUUGUGAUGGAGUGGCUCCCUGCAUGGUUAUUGGCUUGGGAUCGCAUGGAGAAAUCAGUGGUGGCUAUACGGAUGUGGCCUGGGCCAAAACAAGUCGGAAGGGUGGAUACGUCCAGUCGGAGCGAGCUUUUCUUUUUACCCUGAACCCUGCCAAUGGCGAACAGCCGGCCAAGUUCGACAUAGUUAAGAAACCCUAUGCCAUCUGCUAUCAUCCCGAUUGCGGACCCAUUUUUGGAGCUGGAGCGGAUCUACUCAUCUCCAGCAACUGUAAUACCAACAUGGAUUCCUAUUCAAACCUUCCGCAUUCCUACGAUGGAGCCAAUGCUGCUCACCUAACGCUCUUCGGGGACUACAACUUCACCAUCACCGACUACGAGGUAUACACCAUAGCCUCGCCAGGUGGAAGUGCCAAUAGUGGAGCAAGUAAUAGCAGCAAUCACAACCAGAACCUUUCGGCCAAUGGACAAGCUCCUGGAGUGCCCACAAAGGCAAAAUACGAUAGGUACUAGAAAUCGGAAAGAAAACUUGUAGUUGCAUCAGCUAUGCUGGCAAUAAAACUAUUUCCUUGAACGAUCCAAACACUCGAAUAUUGUAAUCCCAGAUCCGCAACGGCUGGGCUAAUGGCAUUAGGUGUCGGGUUCAUGACUCCGCCCAAGGUAAAAACCAGAAAUCGAAAGGUAAUUAAUGAAUUGUUAUAUAAAGAAAACUUUUUUGGCGGCUGUCUUGACUUCCAUCUAAAUGUUAAGAAUCGAACCAAAUUAAUUAACUGGUUUCCCACUUGUAUGUAAAGCUGAAAGUGUUUCAAAAAAAAAAAAAACUAGAGGGCAGCUCGAGGAGUUGAUAGUUUUCGAAGAAUAAAUACUUACACGUGGUGCCAGGUACCAGUGCUGUCACUUCAGCUUUUUCCUAGAAAACUUCAUUUUGCUUAACAAAUUAAUGGGAGGUUUGGUCUAUUUUAGUGGUUUAUU